AUGAGUUUGCUACUGAAACGUCGCUCGCGCAGCGAAACGCGUCCCAACGAGAUCCCGGAGAAGGCCAAACAGCCGGAGACGGAGAUGGAGACGAAAGCGGACAGACAGCUGGAGAGAACCCAGCAUAACGCCCGUCAUCCCCAUCCGCAUGCCAGUGAACAAAACCUCAAUAAACUGGGCCUGGUUUCUGGCGGUGGCACCAUGGGAAGGCGCAAGACAUCGGCGGAGCUCAUUAGUGAGGCGAAAAUGUUUCUGGGUGAAACCUCGGGAGCAAUGCCUCUAAUGGCCACCGGCGGUGCUCGCCUGGUCAGCACCCGGCGACCCAUAACGCCACGCGAGUCCGGAAGAGUUUUAUACGGCAAGGUGGCCUUGGCAGGACGUCCACCCAGCGCCUUUUCUAUGCGAUAUCUGCAGAACGAGAAACCCAGUACACCGCGUCAACUGCCGGCCCUAUCCGGCUCUGGUCCUGCCACACCCAUGCCCCCUAGGAAUGGCGCCCUGUUGUGCCAGUCCAGCACAGAAACCCUUAUCGAGCUCUUGAAGCAACACAGGGGCCUUAAGGAAUGCAGCGAUGAGACAGUGCAGCAUGUGAAUGCCAUUCUCCAAGAACUCUAUACUCGUGUGAGAAAACAGGAACGCAAUUUUAAGCGUGGCUUUAUCCUUGGCGGACUUUAUGGAUUAGUGGAAUGCAGUUCGCCGCGUGUCCUCUUGGCCGUGGCCCGUGUGGUGUUAGCGCUCCGUGUCACUGGCAGUAAUCUGACUGGAGCCUGCAAACUGAUCUUCAAGGUGGCCAGACACGAACAGCAUGACGCCUUGUUUCACGAACACGAUGUGCUGGAACUGCUAAUCGAUGGCCUGGGACACGCUUCGCCCUUGGAUGAUCCGGAAGCUUGCAUCUAUGCCUACGGCUGCAUACGAUUUCUGACCGCCAGCAGUGCUCAGGAACGGGACGAUGCCCUCAACCGCAAUUGGAUUGGCCUGGAGGGUUCGGCGGGGGCGACUAAUCCUGUUUCUGAUCCAGUUACCUCGCCAGCUCUUACCGCCAUAUCUGCUCCACUGUGCCCGCGAAAGUUGACGGGUCAGCAGACGCUGGUCUCCCGAUUAGCUCGUCACGGAGCCGUCGAGCUGAUGAUCCUGCAUCUGCAGAUGCUGAACGAAGCAGGGGCCACAAAGCGUCUACAUGGGCCGCCGCUGCACACUCUGUACCAGCUGUCGGCGGCGAUGAGAGCUCUGGCAGAUGUAUCCCAGCAGCAGCAGCGUUUGCAGCUCCAACUGCAGUUGGCAUGUCCGCAUCUCAUCCGGGCGGCUGAGGUGUCUAUGGGUGAGCUGGAGGUCCAGGCAAACGUCGUGCGCACCCUUAGUGUGCUUUCCGAAGACUCCGAGUGCUGUGAAACGCUGCACAAUUACGCUGCAAGGAUUGGCUUGCUCCUGGGUCCCUCCUGUGCUGGUGGCCAGUGCAGUGAACGCCUCCUGGCCGUUCUCAGUCGGUUGGGUUACAUGUUGGGCAAUAUUCUGGCCAAGCACGAGUCUGCUCGCAUCCAGUAUUUCCAGAACGAUGUGGCCAUGGAGUAUCUUCUGAAUGUCUUGGAGCAGCUUAACGAUCGUUCGCCGACUAGUCUGGCCCUCGUGGAUGCUCAAAUCAAGCUAAUACGCGUGGUGGCCAACAUGAGUGUGAAUCCAGAAGUGGGAGCAGGCCUGGGUAAUGUCCGAUCCUUGGGCUCGGUACUUCUUCAGCUUUUGAACACAACCAGUAACGAGUUGGAAAAGAAGAAGUCAUCGGAGCAACAGGAGCUAUUGCAUGCCACCUUGGGAGCCCUUCACAACCUGUGCUUCUAUCAGGACAAGCAGGCGGCCGUUCAACCUUUGGCCAAGGGAUCCCUCCAGAGUUUGAUUGAUGAGCUUUCCGCUUCGUUGGCAAGUGUUCUGGGCACGUGUCAGACCUCGGCGACGAAAGUGGAGUUGGCCAGAGUGCUGGGGAACCUAACGAGGAAUGAAAGAGCCAGGCGAUGCUUCUGUGCCUCUGGCGGAUUAUCUCUAAUGGUGCAGCAGUUGACGAAGCAGGCAGCUGGGCAGGAUUACGAGCUCCGAACGUGUGCCAUUGGUGUUCUGGUGAAUCUCCUAGGUGAUGGCGAGCAACGAGGUCCAUUCCUUCAGCUGCGAGGAGCAGAACUUUUAUCCCUACUACUGCGUGGAUCUCUGGAGCAGGAGGACUGGUUCCUGGCCAACAUAGUUUGUCAGGCGCUAUGGAAUCUCCUCAUCGAUGGACAGUGUGCCGCCAAUCUCUGCCAGAAUGGCAAUAUUCUCGACGAAGUGAGCGAUCUUCUGGCCGAUUACCUCGAUGAAGAACGUUUACCAACGGGCGAUAACGAUAACGAUAACGAUUACGAUAACGAUGAUCCUGAUGAUCCCGAAGAUAAUCGCAACGAAGAUGAGGAAAAUCGCACAGAAACGGAUACAGAAGCCCACGAUGCCUUGUGGGAGGAUUUUGCACUGGUGGCCACCGAUCUGCUGGAACGCAUCCAAAAUAACUUCGAUAGGCAGCAGCAAUCGCAAGCCUCGGUACCACACACCGAUAACGAAGAUGAUAACGAUGUAUUUAUCGAAGAAAUGUAG